AUGUGCCCAUUUUCGGUGUGCAAUAAACGUCUACCCCCCUGUCGUGUCGUUCUCGCUACAUUUGGAUCUAAGAAAGGCAUUCCGACAUAUACAGCCAGUCGACUUCAGCGCUGGGCAAAUCUGCUCCUUGGGUAUGAUUUUGGCAUGCGGUUUUUGUCCACUGACUCUAUUGGACAAGCGGACGCCCUGUCCAGAUUGAUCAAUACCGGUAGACGCGAUCAAGAAGACGCAGUCAUUGCAUCCAUUGCAGCCGAAUCGGACGUCAGCUACAUGAUACAAGACGCAGUGUAUCGCAUAGUCAUUCCAGAAGUGCUCAGACAGCGCAUACUAAGAGAGCUGCAAAAGGGCCAUCCAGGAAUCGCCCGCAUGAAGGCACUCGCUCGCAGCUACGUCUUUUGGCCGAUGCUGAACAGCCGAAUUGGGGAUAUCGGUCGAUCCUGUUCCAGGUGCAUCAGUGCAUCCAAACUGCCAGUGCGUGUGCCAUUGCAAUCUUGGUCAAAUCCAGAAUCUCCCUGGUCGCGCAUACACGUUGAUUUCGCAGGACCAGUCGAGGGUGUAGAAUUUCUCGUGAUGGUUGACGCGUACAGUAAGUGGCCAGAAGUGAUCCGGAUGAAAACCACGUCCUCAAACAGCACGAUCUCGGAAAUGAGACAUGUAUUCAGUCAGCAUGGCCAACCAAACACCGUUAUUUCCGACAACGGAUCGCAGUUUACGUCCUAUCAAUUCGCCGAGUUUUGCGCACAAAAUGGAAUCGAGCACGUGAGGACAGCACCAUAUUAUCCACAGUCAAAUGGCCAAGCGGAAAGAUUCGUCGAUACCAUGAAAAGAGCACUUUUGAAGUCAAAAAGCGAGGCAACGUUGGACGAAAAACUGGAGCGGUUCCUACUGAAUUAUCGAGUGACUCCCAAUCCCAAUGCACCCGAUGGGAAUUCACCAGCUGAAGUCCUAAUGGGUCGCAGAUUGAGAACUACACUGGAUUUGCUGACACCCAGGCGUCCUCGCCCACAAACAGGGAACUUAGCAAUGGAGCAGCAAUACAACAGGCGGUACGGAGCACGGAGAAGGAUGUUCAGAGUUGGCGAAUUUGUAUCUGCAGCGGCUAUUCAGGGACGGCGGAUCAGCUGGAUACCAGGACGCAUCGUGCGAUGUCGGGGACGGGUGAUGUACGAUGUUCAAGUUGGUGCGCAGGUAUGGAGACGUCACGCAAAUCAGCUGAAACCGCGGCGUACACUGAAAGGUGAUGUUCAGAAUGCCAACCAAUUUGAUGCUAAUGAGUUGCUUGACAAUGGUAAACCAAGUGCUUCCUCACGCCGAGAAUUUCAACCAAGGGAAUGCCCGGAACAAGAAGGUCGGAACAGACCCCAACGAACAAGAAAAUUUGUACAGCCGUUUCAAGUGGACCCGCGUCGGAAAAGCUAUGUUCCGUACAGGUAACUAACUUUUUAGAAGGGGGAGAUGUUAGGGAGCUGGCUACUUAACCCUCAGUUUCAUGAAUUAUGUUAGUUGCCUAUUUCUUUGUUUGCGCAGUUACCUGCUUCUCUGCUACAUUUUGGACACGCCGCUUUCCUCAGCCUCAUUCGCAAUCGCUCACAGCUAAUUUCAGCCGUCUCAUUCUGUGGACAUUCUGAUUGGUUUCUUUUGCUCAGCGUUCCUUAGCUUUUUCACGUGGAUGUAUUAUUCAGCCGACACAUAUUUAUUAUACCUGUUUUUAUUUUCCUGGUGUGUAUCAUUCUCACUAUCAACUGUUCUGGCAUUUGUUUAAACGCAUCACUUCUCCACACUGAUUGGACGCUACUCGUCGUUUUUAAUGGUCGCUCACCAGAAGGUUACCCCCAGGGAUUAACUCCGCAGACACUAUUUUCUUUGCCGCACUUCAUUGGCUCGUAAUUUUCGCGAUUCUCAUUUGCUUGUUCCAUUUUGUGUUUUCUCCAUGCCUGUUGGAUCUCAUGCGUUUAGUAGCUUGGAUUCGCCCUUGUUUGUAAAGCUAUAUAACUGGUGCCGUGCUGUAAUAGAAAAUCUGUUCAUCCCGGCUCAUCUUGGACUUCUUCUUGCG